AUGUUGAGCGUUGAGACGUUGAGAGGCAACUGCCAACUGCCGGAGGAGCGGAGGCUUUAUACUCCCUCAGCCCAGGAAAACCGAGAAGGCGGCGACCUUGGGAUCCCGUGUUGGCAGUUGCCUCUCAACGUCUCAACACUCAAUAUGGUUCGCGCACUCUUCACCGUCAUGGUCCUGGCCCUCGUGGUCGCCUUCGCCGCCGCCGGUCGCUUCGGCGGAGGUGGAUUCGGUGGACGCUUUGGUGGAUUUGGCGGUGGAAAAUUCGGUGGAUUCAGCGGCGGAGGAUUCGGAGGUGGAUUUGGAGGUGGACACAGAGGCUUCGGCGGUGGUUUCGGAGGAUUCGGAGGCGGGCACGGAGGGUUCGGAGGUGGAUUUGGAGGAUAUGGACGGUAAACCAUGGCUUAUCACACCCCAAUAGAUCAUCUUGCUAUAUUCCUAUAAUAAAACUUCUAUCAAU